GACCUGGGCUCCAACAUCCACCUGCUGAAGGGGCUGAACGUGCGGUUCCGCUGCUUCCUGGCCAAGGUGCACGAGCUGGAGCGGCGCAACCGCCUGCUGGAGAAGCAGCUGGAGGCGCAGCAGAGCGAGCGCGACCGCCGCCUGCGCUACAAGACCUUCUCCCGCGACCAGGCCGUGCAGACCGAUGGGGCCGGGGCCGGGGCCGGGGCCGGGGCCUCGCCGCAGCCACCCGCCGCCGCCGCCCUGCAGCCGCCCUACAGCCGCCUGCCCGGCACCAUCUGGAGCUACACGCAGGUGCGGCGCACGGGCGGCGGCGGCCUGGAGACGCUGCAGGGGCCCGGCGUGUCCUGGGUGCACCCGGACGGCGUGGGUGUGCAGAUCGACACCAUCACGCCCGAGAUCCGCGCCCUCUACAACGUGCUGGCCAAAGUCAAGCGCGAGCGGGACGAGUACAAGAGGAGAUGGGAGGAGGAGUUGGCAAAGCGAAUGAAUCUGGAGUCUAUGGUAGAAACCCUGCAAGAGGAGGCACAAGAAGCUGAAGCUAUCCAGGAAGAGUUAAAUGAAAAGAUUGAGAGGCUGAAAGCAGAGCUGGUUGUCUUUAAGGGUCUGAUGAGUGAUCCCAUGACAGACCUGGACACAAAGAUCCAAGAAAAGGCCAUGAAGGUGGACAUGGACAUCUGCCGGCGAAUCGAUAUCACAGCCAAGCUGUGCGAUGUAGCACAGCAGCGCAACUCCGAAGACGUUUCCAAGAUAUUCCAGGUGGCCUCCAAAAAGAAAGAACGCAAGCUCACGUCUGACGACGACCUCUCUGAACAGGAUGGAGACAACAGCAGAUUCUCAGAUGACGAAGUCAGCUGUUCUCUGAACAUCACAGAUGAAAUGAAGCGCAUGUUUAAUCAGCUGCGUGAGACCUUUGACUUCGAUGAUGACUGUGACAGUUUAACGUGGGAGGAGAAUGAGGAAACCCUGCUGCUUUGGGAAGACUUCACAAAUUGCAAUCCUUCAAUUGACCUCCAAGGAGAGGAGGAAAACCUGGGGAACUUGAUACAUGAAACAGAAUCUUUCUUCAAAACGAGAGACAAAGAAUAUCAGGAAACUAUCGGACAGAUUGAGCUGGAGCUAGCCACAGCCAAGAGUGAUAUGAAUCGCCAUCUUCAUGAAUAUAUGGAAAUGUGCAGCAUGAAGAGGGGCCUGGAUGUACAGAUGGAAACCUGCCGUAGGCUUAUCAAAGGCUCUGCCGACAGAAAUUCUCCUUCUCCCAGUUCUGUAGCCAGCAGCGACUCAGGAAACACAGAUGAAAUUCAGGAUGAGUUUGACAGAGAGGCGGACGUGGAGCCGAUGGUCAGCUGAUAAAUAAUGAGAGCAUUCCAGUGAAAGGGAUAAAUGCAGAAAAGAGUAAAAACAAUACUGACCGAAAAGACUUCCAAGCCCUCACGCAGGGCUCCUGAGGACUCGUUCCAAUACGCAUCCCCACCCCACCCAAGGAUUGGUGCUGUAAAUUUCUAUUGUUAUACAAAUGACAAAUGCAGACUUCUGUAAGAAAAAAAAAUGGUGUUUUAAUUGUGCCUUUGCCCCAAGCUGAGCCACUUUGAGCUCCAGUGGAAUAUUAAUAGCAGGUGUUUUUAUAAAAAAUAAUUUAAAAAAAUUCUGGCAGCAGCAGAGAAUGGUGCUGCAGAGGUUUUGGAUGUCUUGAUAGACUUACGUGUGAUUUAAGGAACUGCUGCAAUGAUUGGCAAAAGGAAUACUGGCAAACUGAGCAGUGAACACGCUACAAUUCAGAUAUGAACAUGGUGGCGGGGGCUGGCAUAAAAAUGCAAACACCUCCAAAUUUAGUUGUUAACCCCAUUAAUAAUAGCACGGGGUUAGAAGCCAAUCAUACCAUUAUAAGGUAUUUAAAAGGGCAUCUUCAUUCCAUCUGUAUGGGUGAAGAGACCUUUGAAAUCUGCACAAGCUUUCUGCCAGAGUCCGAAAUCCCAAGAAGCCUUUCUCAGCUCGGCGGCAAAGCAAGAGGACAAGGUACAGUGGGGUGGGAAUAUCACUGUUAAACUACUAUGCAAAAAAAAACAAACAAAAAAAACAAAAAAAAGCUAGCCUUAUUUAUAUGGAAUGUUAUGGUCCCUGCUGGGCUACAGUUAUCUCUUGGUGGAAGAAAAGCUAAAAAGAAAAAAACCCCACAUUUGCACAUGUUUAGUUAUCUGUAGAGCUUCCUUUGAGGAGGCAUGUCUUAUUACAAUGCCUUUGUUUCCAGUGAUUGGAUUAGGAGGGAAUCAGCCCUUCAAAUCAUGAUUUUUUUUCCCCCAGGAUUUAAAAAAACCUCAACAUUUGCAGGUUUUACUUUGCUUCCUGAAAGAUAACUGUUUUAUGCUGCUUUCGUGAAGCCUAGUGGAGUAGGUGAAGCAUCAAGCUCAAACUGACGCAUCGUGCUAUAUAGGUGUAGGCUUGAGACGUGACAUCGUUGCAGUCGCAGACCACAGUUCUUUUGGAAAAGCUGAAAAUGGGAAAGUACUGCAGUUCAUUUUUAGGGCAUAAUGGAAUGAAUCCUAAUAUCCUGCUACCCUAGAAUUAGGGAAGAAAAGCCACGCGCUUCCCGUGAGAAAGCGAGAAGACUUGGGUCUUAUAUACCUUCUGUAUUUUAAGCCAGAAGAAGCAGCAUCCAAAAAGUCCGUUGUUUACUUCCUGUCUGGAGAACUGAUAAUGUGAGAGAAGCUGUUCUUGGGGGUCAUUAUGAGUUGUUGAGUAAAAAAAAAAAAAAAAAAAAGGGUGAACUUUUUUUGAAGCAUGUAGAACAUAGUACAAGGGAGUUUUGCAGGUCAAUGUUGAAGGCAGAAUUAAGAGCUCUUAAAAGUUAACUGUAUGUAGCUAAUGACCAGUUACGACUCAAGGGGUCAACAUCAAAUUAUGAUUUUAUUUUUCAUCCUUUUCAUGAAAGAUUUUCCCCAGAGUGAUUUGAAACUACUGCAGAGGGGAGAGGUUUUCCCCUCCUACCAAUUCACAGAUUGGACAGAAAAAACAUCAGGUUAUUAGCAGGCCUUUAUAGGAUUGCAUGGAGUUGAGACACUCAAACGGUGACCUAACUUCUGAGCAUUGUUUCCAGGCCUCUCUCUCAUGAUCCAAUAUUUAAAUGUAGGGGGAUGGCAUUGCAAGGAAAUGGCCAGUGUGCUUCAGUGCUGUUUUUCGUCCUACAAGAGCACAAGACUCAGCAAAGUAGUGCCUGUACUAAGGAGAGGAUGCCUCAGAUAUCUGCACAACUUCCUGGACUUUGAGGGGCGGUAUCAUCUUGGUGGAUCCCUGCUGAAAUAUCUGCAACUUUCUUCAGCUUUUUGUUGUGAUCUAUCCUGGUCCAAGCUGUAGCUAACUCCGCUUUGACCCAAACUGCGUUUUUUGCAGGCCAUGUGAAUCAAGUGCAUCCUCUGCCCUUUCUUCAGGUGGGGAGAAUAAUGCUGUGAUGAUCCUUCUGGAUCCACAAUAUGAGUUUUUAUUUUCCCAUCCAUGAAAAGCUACGUAAGGACAUUCAUUUAAUUUUUACCUCCUAUUAGCUUUCUUCCUUGUUAGCAGCUUUAUAUAUCGUGCUGUGAUUUUUGUGGCCUUUUCUUCAAGGUAUCAUCCAUUAUGCGUUUAACAUUUUUUUUUUUUUUUUUAGUGUGCUUUAAAAAAGAAACCUUAUUCCAAAGUGCUCAUUCUUAUCACUUCUUAUCUAGCCAAAGCAGUACAUUAUGUUCAAUUAAGGGUGCGAUUUUUGUCUGGGGGGCGGGGGAGGACAGAAGUGAAAUGUCUGCCAGUCAUCGUGACCACUUUUUAAUGGGAGUGGGACUGCACGGUUUUUUAAAUGAAAAAUACUUCUAAAGGUUACCGAGCCUGUUUUGAACCUUGGCUGCUAAAUAUGUUGUUUCUCAAAAGGUCGAGAGACUGUAUGCCAAAGCUGAAUGUCUGUAGUGCUUUAGUGACUUUGGUGAAAGCCUAGUUUAACAAUUUACUUGUGUAGUGACUUAGCCUCUCAGGAGGCUGCCAUUCAGCUGUCUUCAAAUUAUGAAAUGCUCCUUUCGCAGCAGAGAAAUUGAGCAGCUUCAAUAGCCGUCCUGAGUAGGUGCUGCGGACUUCUCUGUCUAAUUGUGUUCUACCAGGAGAAAUGGUUCGGGGUUGUUGCCUUUCAUGGCCAGCAUGUUGAGGAGGAGAAGAGAGGAGAGUAUCCUGGGUUUUAAGAGUGGGGCUGAGUGAGGAAGCAGAGACUUCAAGAAAUCUGUAUUUUACAGUUCAUCACAUAGCCAUAAUUAUGAGGAGCAUCUGUAAUGGGGAUGCAUCAUUUGUAAGUGUAGGGGAUGCGGGAAUGUAGUAUAGUAAAGAAAUAACGUGUAUGAUGGUGAAAUGUAUAUGAUGGUAAGAGACUACCAUGGUUGUUGGUGUCUGUUUUCUCUAUAAUCACAUUUAAUCCACCUUUUAUUUUUAUUAAACAGGUCUUCACACUUGGGUUUAGGGUUUAAUUUUUGCCUAGGCAGCAUAGGACUUAGUAGUUAUUGGGUCAGCCCUGUGAUAUUUAUUUGGGUUGCCCCGCGAUAGUUUCCUGUGAGGUUUUUGGUUAGUUUAGUUUCAAACGAUGCUGCUCACUUAGUUGACGGUGGUCCCGUUUUGUUUGCAUUUAACAAGUCUGUAGCAACCAGAUCAAAGCUUGCCAGAAAGAAAAAAAAAUUGUGAAAAUGCUGGAAAUCAUUUUGAUGACCUCUUUUCCUUUGUAAAGCUGUAAAUACUUUAUUUUUAUUUUCUAUUCUUAAUGCAGUGUCAUAUUGACACUUUUUUUAGACUUACAAUCAGAAAAUCCUCCUCAUUUGUUUUUCUCAUAUUUUUAAAAAAAGGGGAUUUCAAGGAAGCAAAAUGUUUUUGCUUGUUAGCAGUAUAAUAGUAAUAGAUCAAAUUCCUGAAAUGGGUUUGUACAAAAACAAAAUGUUUUCAGUGAACAAAUCGCCGUUGCUUUUUUGUGGAUGCAUGUUGUUCAAAAAUGUCCAAAGAAUCAUGUGGUACAAAGUUUUUUUCCAAGGAUUUCAUAAUUGUCAUGUUAUUUGAGGUUACAAACAAGGAAUCAAAAUAGUUUUAAACCAAGGUUUGGGGGGUGGGGGAGGCAGGGGGAAUAAUGAAAUGCAACUAAGCUAAAUGCAUUAAUCUUUUUAUAAAAACGCAGUAUAUUCUAUUUUUAUUAGAGUUUUUUAAAUGCAAACUGAAGUCUGUUAGGAAAUCAAAUUCCUCCCAUGUAAAUUAUCCUCUGCUUUGAGGAUAUCCAAAUUUUCAACAGUUUCAGUUGACAGUGCGAGAGACACUGCAGCAGGCACGGCUGUGAAGCACUCUUCCCAUCUCUUCCCAAUGUCUUGCCAACAUAAUUAUAACUUCUGAACUGUUCCCCAACCGUCCACCAUGACCCGUCAUCAUUGACACUAAAGGAUGAGAUAUGGACUGCCACCUGCCUGCUAACCACAAAAAAUAUUUCAGAUGCAGUGCUUAAAUUCUGACCUACAACAACUUGCAUUUUUUACUUGGUUUACAGUUAAAGCAACUAUAAAUUGGACUAAGCAUCUUUCUUUCCUUAAACAAGUUUUAAGUUGGAAGUAACUCAGUGGAUAUUAAAGCAGCAGAUCAGACUCUGGUCCUGUAUGCAGGAAGGCUUUGUUUCCCUGUAGUAAAGGGAUACUUUUAGGAUAAUCCUUCUUGCCAUCGAAAAAAAUACAGGUUCUGUGGUCAGACCUGAUUUUGGUCGAGCAAAGGCACGGGUGAUGCAUAGGGUGCUUACAGCCGUACCAGGAACACUAAUGUUGCAAUGAUGGAAGCAUUUGCUUGUUUUCCUUAGCUCUGCGCUGCGAAAAGACACUGUUGAUGGAAGUGUGUUUGUGCCUGCAUCAUGAUCAUCUUAAUGAAAGACCGUGCUUCGUUCCCGAGUGCUAUGUUUCUGAGGACCUUAAUGGUUUUUUUGAGAGGAGACUCCCACCAAAUUUUCUUUUGUGACAGAUGAUUCAAAGUAUUUCUAAUAUUCCCUAUGCUCUCUUAUUGUAACCCAGCUCUGCUGAGAUGAGAAAUCUGGGCUAGGCUCUUAAAUACCAUGGUUCAUGGUAUUUUACUCAAUUUGGCUUUUUCACAGUCUUUUUGAGUUUCAUGUUCUUAUGCCCUGGCACAGAAAUGCAUCUCUGCGGCUGCAGAACAUGUUUUUGUUUUUAAGUAGUUUCCUUGGAGAAUAGAAGUCGCAGACAUUUUAUGUUGGCCUCGAGUUGCAUGAAAUCUUACUAAUCAAACCUAAAUUUGGGAUCAUCCCAAAUCAGCAAGUAAAUGGUUGUGUAGGCUUGCAUUAUGCAUGCCGGUUUUAAAGGUGAACUUGAUUACACCUUUACCUGCCAAGCUCUGAAUUCAGCUUUUUGCUGAUCUGAUUCCGGAGAGGCCAAAAAGGUGGCCCUUAGGCCAGAUCUUUGGCAGAAAAGUGAAGGAACAAUUGAUUUUAAACUUUUAGCAUGUCCUUGCAUGCAUUUAUGUAGAGUUUUGGAUACUGAGUCUGUCUCAUUUGGGGGAAAAAAAAAAACGCUGUUCAGCUCUUCUGUUGGAGAAAGGGAGAGAAAUGAAGUGGGAGGAAGUAGAGAAAUGCCACAUCAGCUCUUUUUAAAGAGCAUUAUCAAGCCUCUCGCUUAACUCAGAGGCACUCUGUGAAUGAAGCACUUUUGCAAAACAAGAAAAGGUCUUUAAUCUGCUAGGGCUGUCUCUUCAGGAAGCCAGGAUGCUAGCACUGGAAUGACUGCUUAAGAAAUAACAAGUGGUACUUUUGAAUCUGCUGGUCCGUGUCAUUCCUCUGGAACGUGCAGGAACCACCAUGCUGCCAGUCUGCGCUCUGUAUUGUUUGCUGGCUGCCUGAACUGACAGUCCACAUGUAGAGUUCAUGUGAAAGCCUAUUUGAAAGUCUUUAAAAGUUCUGGCACUAAACGCACUUCCUGUGUAACAUGGUUUCACCUAAAAGGAAAAUCCUUAAUAUACUGUCCGUAGGGUUAAAAAAAACCAAACAAAUCUGUAUAGCUCAAUUCUCACCAAACCGCCCUCACUCCCCCCUUAAAAAAAUUGAAGUGAUGUUUAAAUAGGAGCUGUUGGCUAACUCCUUCCAAGACCAUGCCAUUUUCUGAGUUACUCUCUUAGUCAUUGAAGAGUUUCUUUUGUACUCAUGAAAACAGACUACUACUGAUCAGAUUGGAAAUGAAACUGUUUACUGUAUUGUUGUAAAUAUUGUACUUUAUAUUCUGUAUAUUAGCUUCUUUUAAAGGAAAACAAACCAACCUUAAUGCUAUUUGAUAUCUGGUAAGGAAAAGGUCCAAGGAUGAACCAGAGUCUAAGCUUCCUCCAAAAGGGCGGCAGUGUCUUGCCCCGAUUUCAGAUUUUAAGUGGUUUUCCCCCCUCUGUUUUGGAAGUCUGUCCUUCAUAGUUUUAAAAACGGGCCAAGAGUUGCAUGUGUUUACUAGCAGUGGUUUUUAGGCUGUCAGAGACCUUUGAAUCCUAAUCCAUUUUGGAUGAGGCACCAAGAAACGCACACAGCGAGAGCCUGAAGCAUUUGAACUCUUGUGAGUACCCGUGGAUUAUCUCUCUUUCUCCUGUUAGUGCCAAAACCUACUCACUUCUGAUUUGAUCUCUAGCUGCCUGUAUACGGCAUUAUGUUUUUUUUCCCCUCGUUGCCUUCAAGGGCACAAGUCCAGUCAUCUAUUUGCCUCCGUUGUUCUCUGCCGUCCUGUGCUGUGGCACUGCUCCUUGGAAAGGCUUUGUGAUAGUGGUUCAUCCUUCACUCUCAAUUUAUAAAUUCUAACUAUGAAUGUUUGAUUUCCAAGUCACGUACCAAACGGGCUUCUUUGUGAAAAGGUGAUGUUCUGAAGCUCGUUGAUGAAAACGGGUUAUGGUAAUUCUCUGGUUACAAGGAAAAAAAAACAAACCCUUACAAUAAAUGCCAAACUUCCUGGU